AUGGCUGUAUGUCUAGGAGUGGACACCACCUCCAUAGAAGAACCACGCGGCAACACAGAUCACUGGUCAGACUGGAAACCCGAGAGGCAGAGGGAGACCCAAACAGCAGAUGAAGAAGAGGUACACCAGGGGAAAGAACCCGCAGCAACCCAGCCUGAAGAGUCGAGGGAGGGAGGGGGCUGGAGUGAAAAGGGACCGAUUGCAGAGACGGACUCAGAGACUUGGACAAUAGAGGAGGAGGAGGGAGUAAAGCCUGGCGGCCAUGACAAAUACCAUGGGAUAGAGGAAGAAGAGAAAAGAAUGCUGGUUGGAGGGCUUGAUUACAGAGAGGGGAGGAUUACUGAGAAACAUGAAAAGGAUGAGAGAGGAGAGGCAAAACAUAACGGUAAGGAGAAACAUGAAGGAGGGUUUGGAACAGAGCAUGAGGGGAGAGAGUCUGUGGAAAAGAAAACAGACGGAGAAGAUGAGAAACUGUCUGUAAAUCAAGCUAGCAUUGAACCCAUUGCCCCUCCCUCUGCGUCUUUGUACGUCCCCUUUGACAAUGUAGCCCUUUCACCUGCAACUCAACACGACCUUACCCCAGUUACAUCUGUCAACCCAACUCAACAUGACCGUACCCCAGUUACAUCUGUCAACCCAACUCAACAUGACCUUACCCCAGUUACAUCUGUCAACCCAACUCAACACGACCUUACCCCAGUCACAUCUGUUAACCCAACUCAACAUGACCUUACCCCAGUUACAUCUGUCAACCCAACUCAACAUGACCUUACCCCAGUCACAUCUGUCAACCCAACUCCACAUGACCUUACCCCAGUCACAUCUGUCAACCCAACUCCACAUGACCUUACCCCAGUUACAUCUGUCAACCCAACUCCACAUGACCUUACCCCAGUUACAUCUGUCAACCCACCUCAACUUCCAAUGUCUGUCACUCAGACUGUCACUCAAACUAGCAGUCGUAGCCAAGGCGUGGCUCUAGGGACAGAGAUGUUGGUGGAAAGUGAGCUCGUCAUGGUUCAUAGCGCGACUGACAGCUCUCAGAGCCACCUCAGGGAAGAGGACCAAUUAGUUUCCCUGGCGAUGAAGGUCAGCGUUGAACCAACUGUCAGUGUUUCCAGAAACCACAAACAGGCCGGGGCCAUUGUUGCCUCGGUCAAAGAAACAGCAAAUACGUUCACGCAGCUGAAGACUACAGCCAAACCACAAAAAGCUAUACCCAAACUACAAAGGGUUAAAACCACAGCCAAUAAAGUAGAACCUACACCAAGAAACACAACAACGCCUUCCCUGAGUGCAAAAUCAGCUACACUUACAGUCAUUGAGCUACAAUAUAAAGAGACCAGCAAACCUACAAUCAAACCCAAGGUGAUAGAACAGACUAAACCCACCCUAAAACCACAAACCACACCUAAAACACCACAUAAACAACUUACCGCCAAAGCCAAACGUACACAAUCUACAGCCAAAACAACCGUACUUAAAUAUACAACAACGCUGAAACAGACCACUGAGGGCAUCAAUAGAAAGACCAGAAAACAACAUAAGAAAAAUGGCAAUCAUCUGAAAAACGAAACCAAAGUGAACAAACAUAAGAUUAUGAAAAAGAAGGGUACUGAAUCAGCCCACUUUCCUUACUUCAAAGACAACUACUGUCCUCCAGAGUGUGCCUGUUACGGACGAGUGGUCCAGUGUUCCGACAAGGGGGUGGAGAAGGUUCCAUACGGUAUCCCCUACAACUCCCGCUACGUCCUCCUCAUGAACAACCACAUAAACUCCAUCCAGCUGGACCUGCUCAAUGAGUACCUGUUCAUGGAGUUCCUGGUGCUUAGCAACAACCAGCUGACGGAUGGCUCCAUCGAGGGGGCUCUCGAAGGCAUCCCAGCCCUGAGGCGCCUUUACCUAGACCGGAAUCUUCUGGAGAGCGUGCCCGCGGACCUCCCCGUCUCCCUGGAGGAGCUGCGCCUGGACAACAACCGGCUAAGUGUAAUGUCGGAGGCAGCGUGGGCCCGCUGCCCCGGCCUGCUGGUCCUCAGCCUCAGCAACAACAGCCUGGGGAUUGGGAGCAACCCCCUGCCCGCCGGUGUGCUCUUGCCUCUGGGCAGCCUGCGCACGCUCAGUCUGGACCACAACAGGCUAGCCUCUGUUCCUCUUGGCCUGCCGCUCUCCCUCAGGGAGUUGUACCUUCGUGGCAACCUCAUCCGGGAGUUCCCGGGCGAGGCCUUCGUGGGGACCUCGGAGCUGACAAUCCUGGAUCUGAGCGGAAACCGGCUGACUGAGCGCGGCCUGCCGGCGGAGUCCCUCGUCAACACCACCCACCUGGAGAGCCUUAACUUAGAAGGCAACCGGCUCAAACAUGUGCCGCGUCACCUCCCUUCAUCCCUCAAAACCCUCAACCUGGAAGGCAACCUCAUCUCCUCCGUGGGCAAAUCCGCCUUCCUCCGCCUCCCCCAUCUGGAGCACCUGGGCUUGGCCAGGAACAGGAUUUCCAGGGUGGCCCCGGGGGCCUUGAGGGCACUUCUCGACCUACACCAGUUGGACCUGAGUCACAAUGCCCUGCGUCAGGUGCCCAGACAGCUGCCCUGGGGGCUCCACACUGUUGCGGCAACCCACAACAAGAUCCGCUCAGUGCCCCGGGACGCCUUCUGCUGGGGGGGCCCAGACUUGGGCCUCAGUGGCCUUGUGCGGGUGCAGCUGGAGCACAAUCUCAUAGACCUGGGACACCUGGACACAAAGGCCUUCCGCUGCCUCAGGGGCUUCCAGGUGAUACAGUUUAACUAA